UUAAUGUCACUUUGUCGUUCCCCUUUUAUUGUCAAAAUUAUUAAGUGAAUCGGAGCCUCCCUUAGAUCACCACCAUGCCCACAUCUUCAUCCUGGCCGCGCACCUACCUCAACUGGAAGCGGGUGCUGCUGCUCUCGCUGAAGUGCGUCUACUUUAUGCUGGUGGUGAAGUUCAGCCAGAAGUGCCUGGCGAUGUCCGUUAAGAGUCGGCUGGUCCGGAGGCAGAGUGUGCAGGAGGGAUCGCAGCGCAGAGGAGUAGCACUCACUUGAUGGCCACAUGACGAUUCCUAUACGUCCCAUUUGGAGGAGCGGCGAGGCCGAUGAAUAAACGACAGUUGGGAAACGUCUGUGCGCUGUCUUAAUACGUUUUUAUUAGCCAAGAGAUUCGCAUCGGGCUGUCGGCCAGAGUAAUU